CUCCAUCUCCGCGCCCUUCCCACCGAGCCCGGCUUUUCCCGCACACACAGAUGAUCUCUCCCCCACGCACAAUCCUCGCCCCUGAGCAAAGCCAGGCUUUCCCCGUCCCCACCAGGCGCUCAGAACCCAUCCCGAGGGGAGGCUCCGUCCCUCCCGCAGCGGGCGGUGCCACCCCCUGGCCCAGCUUCGUUUAUUUAUUUCUCAUUUUCCCUCCUCCAUCCCCAUCCCAUUGGUCCCCGGGAUGUUCUAUAAAACCACAAAACCUCCCCCUGCAGCGGCCAGGCCAGCGCAAAACCCCAAAUCCAGCAUCCUGCAGCUGCCCCGGGCAGGGGGAGGAUUCCGGAGGGACCAGGAGCGGCUCCCAGAUUCCCGGCUCAGCACAAGAGCCCAGCGAGACCCCCCGAGCACCAUGAGCGCUGCUGCCCCCAUCUCCUCGGCGGCCCUGCCCAUCCUCCUGAGCUGCCUCUUGUCUGGAGCGCUCACCCAGAGCCCGGAGCCCUUCCAGGGCAGCACGGUGCCCCCGGAGCUGCCGAGCCAGCGGCACCCCCACGCCCCGGAGCAGCCCGGCUCCAACCUGUCGGGCAGCUCGCCCUCCGAGCAGCCGCUGCCGCCCGUGUGCGCCCGCCCCGCCGACAUCCGACACGCCUUCAAGUACAUCAACACGGUGGUGUCCUGCUCCAUCUUCCUGGUGGGCAUCGUGGGCAACUCCACGCUGCUGCGCAUCAUCUACAAGAACAAGUGCAUGAGGAACGGCCCCAACGUGCUGAUCGCCAGCCUGGCGCUGGGCGACCUGCUCUACAUCCUCAUCGCCCUGCCCGUCAACGUCUACAAGCUCCUGGCCAAGGACUGGCCCUUCGGAGUGCAGGUCUGCAAGCUGGUGCCCUUCAUCCAGAAAGCCUCUGUGGGCAUCACUGUGCUCAGCCUCUGUGCCCUCAGCAUCGACAGGUACCGGGCAGUGGCGUCCUGGAGCCGGAUCCAGGGCAUUGGGAUUCCCCUCUGGAAGGCCGUGGAGGUGCUGCUGAUCUGGGCCCUGGCCGUGGUGCUGGCGGUGCCCGAGGCCAUCGCCUUCGACAUGGUGGAGCUGAGCUACUGGGAGCAGCACCUGUGGGUGUGCAUGCUGGCCUCGGAGCAGAAAUCCCGCUUCAUGAGGUUCUACCGGGAUGUCAAGGACUGGUGGCUUUUUGGCUUCUAUUUCUGCCUGCCCUUGGUGUGCACGGGCAUCUUCUACACCCUCAUGUCCUGCGAGAUGCUGAGCAAGAGGAACGGGAUGAGGAUCGCCCUGAAUGACCACAUGAAACGGCGCAGGGAGGUGGCCAAGACCGUGUUCUGCCUGGUGGUGAUCUUCGCGCUCUGCUGGCUGCCCCUGCACCUCAGCCGCAUCCUCAAGAAAACCAUCUACGACCAGACGGACCCCAACCGCUGCGAGCUGCUCAGUUUCCUGCUGGUGAUGGAUUAUUUUGGGAUCAACAUGGCCUCCCUCAACUCCUGCAUCAACCCCGUGGCUCUGUACUUUGUCAGUCGGAAAUUCAAGAACUGCUUCCAGUCCUGCCUGUGCUGCUGGUGCCAGAGGCCAGCCCUGAGCAUCACCCCCACGGAUGAGAAGGGAUCCGUUGGCAAGUGGAAAGCCACGGGGCAGGAGCUGGGGCUGGACAGGAGCAGCUCCCGCCUGAGCAACAAAUACAGCUCAUCCUAAAGCCCUGCCCCCGCCCAGGACAGGCCACAAGGACAGCAGGACACCCCAAAUCCUCUCCCAGCCUCCUCCUGGCUGGGCCUGAAUCAGCUUUGCCCUCGUGCCCAACCCAACUGGACGGAGCUGGAGCUCCAAACCCCUGACCCUGAUGGAUUCCCAUCCUCACAGGAUUCUUCAUUUCCUUGCAGAAAAACCAAAGGAUUUCUGGCCAUUGCCUGGUGGGGAGGGGGGAAGGGAAGGAAGGUUGGGGUGCUCGCUCUGAGGUGGAUGUGGGGUGAGGAGGAGAGGGACAGAGACAAUUCCCAGCUGGAAAAGCCAAGCAAAGCUUGGAGAAAUCCUUGGAGACAUCCUCGUGGUCAUGUGGAGAUGGGGAAGGUCCAACCUCAGCUGGAAGAGCCACCAGAACCAACUGAAAUAUGGGAAAAGGCUUUUUCUGAUUAAUUACUGGCAAUAAUUCAUCCCCCAGGUGAUUUCCCAGCAAUUUUCAAGGCCAGGUUGGUCAGGUUGGAGCACCCUGGGACAGUGGAAGGAGUCCCUGAUCCAGGUGAUUCCAGCUGAUUCCAUCCUAACAUUCUUGCCAGAACUUUCGGGGAAGCUACAUGAAAAAGUUGUAUUUACCAGGUUUUUGAUAAUUUUUUUUUUGUUGU